AUGACCCUGCUGGGAUCUGAACACUCCGUACUGAUUCGCAGCAAGUUCAGAUCAGUCCUGCAGUUGAGACUCCAGCAGAGAAGGACACGAGAGCAGUUGGCAGACCAGGGCAUCAUGCCUCCUCUGAAGAGUCCGGCCGCAUUCCACGAGCAAAGAAAAAGUCUGGAACGCUCCCGGACUGGAGAUUAUUUAAAGCAUAAAAUCCGAAGUAGACCAGAGAAGUCCGAGCUGGUCAGUAUGCACAUUCUACAAGAUCCGGCCAGCGAGGGGUCGGCUCAAGACUCCCGGAGCAAGCUGAAGCGUGCCCGGCUCGCCGACGACCUGAAUGAGAAAAUCGCCCUGAGACCGGGGCCGCUGGAACUGGUGGAGAAGAACAUCAUCCCUGUCGAUUCGACUGUUAAAGAGGUGGCUUUGAAAGUGAAUCAUAGGAAGUUUCCCAAGCAGGAGGACUCGUAUGCGUUUGAGGAGGACAGCAGCAGUGACGGCCUGUCUCCUGAGCACCCUCUCAAUGACGAGUCCCAGAGCUUACCCGGACCCUUAGCGGAGACCAAGGUCAGCGACGUUCCCUCCCCCUUACUGACCACAAACCCCACACAGGAAUCACAGAUGGGAGAAACGACGACUCAAAACCAAGAAGAAAAUGCAUCUGUGACAAACAGCCAGGCUACUCCACCCAUCGCUGUCCCUGCAAUAAUGAAGUCCAAGGCAUCAGACAAGAACCGUCACAAGAAGCCCAAGGAGGUAAAGCCGAAGGUAAAGAAGCUGAAGUACCACCAGUACAUUCCACCGGAUCAGAAAGCCGAGAAGUCCCCUCCUCCGAUGGAUUCGGCCUACGCUCGGCUGUUGCAGCAGCAGCAGCUCUUCCUGCAACUUCAGAUCCUCAGCCAGCAGAAGCACCAGCAGCAGAAUCAUUCGCACCAGUCCCAGUGUCCUCAGAGCCAGAGUUUCAGCUAUCAGCCCAUGCACCAGCAUCCGUCCAUAAAGCAGAUGGAACAGAAUACACCGUGCAGUUCUGGUUCUGCCUCCGGCACCGAGAGCAGCUUCUCCUCAUCUCCAGUGAAGACCACGUACUGCAGCCCAUCCAGCAUGACUCCAGUCAGACUAGGACCUCUGCCUGCUAACCUGGAUGAUCUGAAGGUCUCGGAACUUCGCCAGCAGCUGCGAAUCAGAGGUCUUCCAGUAUCAGGCACUAAGACAGCUCUCAUAGAAAGGCUAAGGCCAUAUAGAGACGCCAACCCAUGUUCUCCAUACAGCUCUAGAGAUAUCACCACUGUGACCUUCCCAGUGACACCCACUGGCUCUCUGUCUUCCUACCAGUCUCCAAGUUCCUCCGGUGCUAUGUCCCAUGCUGGUGGAUACUACCCGUUUUGCAGUACCACAUCCACCCCACCUAUCUCGCCUGCCUCCUCAGAUCUCUCUGUCAGUAACUCCCUGCCUGACAGCUUUAGCGAUGUCACCAUGUCCUCCCCACAGUUUGGCCUGCAACCCUCGCCGUCCCAGCUGAGCACAGAGGAUGGCCAAAGCUUGGGGAACUGCUUGCACGGAGAAGCAGGACCGGACACAGAGAAGGACAAGAUGCUGGUAGAGAAGCAGAAGGUGAUUGAAGAGCUAACGUGGAAGUUACAUCAAGAACAAAGGCAGGUGGAGGAACUGCGGAUGCAGUUGCACAAGCGAAAGCACAACCAUGGCCUGCAGGACACGCUGCACAUGCAACCCCCAGGCCAGAUGCAGAACUUCUACGGUGUUUCCAUAAAACAAGAACCUGUUGUCUCGAGCUGUCCGGUGGCCUGCAAGCAGCUGAAAAAUGGGCCCCCGAAUAGCUGCAUGGAAGCAAUAAGGCACUGUAGCCUGGGUACUGGACUUCAGAGCCUAGACGUACCCAAUUCCAGAAGCCCCUCUGGUUUGCCAGCAUAUUUAAGCCCUCAGUGCUCUCCUCAGGACUCGACAGUGACCAAGAACGCAAGCAGCCCUCAACCAAACAGCCUGCCAUCCUCUCCCAGCCACUCUUAUUUGCUGACGAAUCACAGCUGCCCUCACCCGGUGCCUUACAAUGGUGUCAGACAACAUGGCAUGCAGCUCCAGAAGAAUGUCGGUCAGUCUGUGAGCUGUUCCUAUGCACCUGACCAAAGAAGCAUGCCACCGGUAUAUCCAUGCGGUGCUGCUGAUAGCCUCAACCCAAGAAGGUCUUCCAAGUCCAAGAGCCCAAACAUUCAGCAUAAGCAGAUGACCAGAAGCCAGGAAAUGGAUGAACUCCUCGAUGUUCUUAUUGAAAGUGGAGGUGAGCAUACAAACUUGCAUACAGGUCUCAAAAACAGUGCUGUUACAACCUACGUUGUCCUUUAUGUUACAGUCUCUCCCAGCAACCCUGGCCCAGGUGCCACAGCCUUGCCAAGAUUUUACCACCACUACAGCCACACGACGCUCUCCGAGGUACAAUACGAGCACGCCGCGGGGCACAGCGAGUACCAGCUGGAGGUGCUUCUCAGCCCCAUAGGCCGCCACGGCAACAUCAUCCCGCUCAAACUGGGAGCCGAAGAGGUCCAGCUGGAAGAAUUAAGUGACGCUUUUUCAAGCCACCACCACAGUGACACGCCCCUGUCUCCGAUGGCCACCAAAGUCUCGCCGGUACCCGCUGACAGCCAGGGCUUCGGCAUGACCUUCUCGGAGUCGCCGUGGGAGAGCAUGGAAUGGCUGGACUUGACGCCUCCGAGCUCAGCCACAGCGUUCAGUAGCAGCAGCAACAGCAGCAGCGUAGCGCCAUCUGUACCCAGCAUCUUCAACACGGAGUUCCUGGACAUGAACGACAUCGGGCUGAACUCUGCCAUGGACCUGCAUCUUGAGCACUGGUGAAAUUAAGAUAUCCAGCUAGCUAGGUAGAGCAAUCGUAAAGCAGUAAGCACU